AACGGACGAGGUAACUUGCGAGAGAGAAAGUCCUCUGAUGAUACGUCUCUCCCUUUAUUUUCAGAAAUCCAAUUCUGCAUUUCGUCUCUUCUCCAAUCUCCACCACACUCUCUCUCCUCACUCUCUCUCUCCAAUUCGAAAGAUGAGUUUCGCAAAGAAAGAGUACGAGUUUCUCAAGGAGAUCGGCCUCGGCCCUCACAAUUUGGGUUGCUAUGCAAGCGGCCUUUGGAGGGGAAACGGUCCAGUAAUCACCUCCAUAAAUCCUGCUAACAAUCAGGCAAUUGCUGAAGUUACAGAAGCUUCCACUGAAGAUUAUAAGGAAGGCAUGAAAGCUUGCUUUGAAGCGGCAAAGACAUGGAUGCAAAUUCCUGCACCCAAGAGAGGUGAGAUUGUUAGACAGAUUGGUGAUGCACUGAGAGCCAAACUUCAGCAACUUGGUCGGCUUGUCUCUCUUGAGAUGGGAAAAAUACUUGCUGAAGGAAUUGGGGAGGUUCAGGAAAUUAUUGAUAUGUGUGACUUUGCUGUGGGGUUAAGCCGGCAACUGAAUGGAUCAAUCAUACCUUCAGAACGUCCAAAUCACAUGAUGUUGGAGAUGUGGAAUCCUCUUGGAAUAGUAGGUGUAAUUACAGCUUUCAAUUUUCCAUGUGCUGUCCUUGGAUGGAAUGCCUGCCUUGCACUAGUCUGUGGGGAUUGUGUAGUUUGGAAAGGUGCUCCGACAACACCUUUAAUUACGAUUGCGAUGACAAAGAUAGUGGCUGGGGUUCUAGCAAAGAACAAUUUACCAGGUGCUAUUUUUACCUCUUUUUGUGGUGGUGCUGAAAUUGGUCAAGCUAUAGCAAAAGAUACUCGCAUACCUCUUGUUUCAUUUACAGGAAGUUCAAAGGUCGGUCUAAUGGUUCAGAAAACAGUGAAUGAGAGAUUUGGAAAAUGCUUGCUAGAAUUAAGUGGAAAUAAUGCUAUAAUUGUCAUGGAUGAUGCCGACAUCCAACUUGCUGCUCGCUCUGUUUUAUUUGCUGCUGUUGGGACAGCUGGCCAGCGUUGCACGACAUGCCGUAGACUGCUGCUUCAUGAAAGUAUAUACCAGAGAGUACUUGACCAACUACUCAAAGUAUAUAAACAAGUUAAAAUAGGAGAUCCUUUGCUGAGUGGUACCUUGCUCGGGCCACUGCAUACUCGUGCUGCAAGGGAGAAUUUUGAGAAGGGAAUAGAAAUCAUCAAAUCUCAGGCAUGGAAGAUCCUCAUAGGUGGUUCAGCCAUAGAAUCAGAAGGAAACUUUGUGCAGCCUACAAUAGUUGAAAUUUCUCCAAAUGCUGAUGUCGUGAAAGAAGAACUAUUUGCUCCAGUUCUUUAUGUUAUGAAAUUUCAGACUCUAAAAGAGGCAAUUGAGAUCAACAACUCAGUACCGCAAGGAUUGAGUAGUUCUAUGUUCACUCACAAACCUGAAGUUAUCUUCAAAUGGAUUGGGCCUCACGGAAGUGAUUGUGGUAUUGUAAACGUAAAUAUACCAACAAAUGGUGCUGAAAUUGGUGGCGCUUUUGGUGGUGAAAAAGGCACAGGUGGUGGCCGUGAAGCUGGAAGCGACUCUUGGAAACAGUACAUGCGGCGCUCAACUUGCACAAUCAACUAUGGGAAUGAAUUACCAUUGGCACAAGGAAUCAACUUCGGCUAGCGCUUUUCUUUCUGUUGCAACCUUGGAUCGCGUGGCCGCAUCAUAAGCCAAAGCCCCCUUCCGCAGCUAUUUCACACAAACUUUGCACAGCAGUGGUCCUUUGGUUGCAGAGUUGAUACUCAUGCUGGCCCUUUUGCUCCCUCCCUGCAGUUCUGCAAUUGCCUAUUUCAAUAAUUUCAGCUGGUCUACAG